AUGGAAUCGAUCACCGCGAAACGGAAUUCUCUCUUUGCGAAAGUGAAACGCGAACUCGAAACCGCGGAACGAGUGAAGACGCAAAACCCCUCACUCUCUGAAGUCCGGGAGCGUCUGCUGCGCCUCGAGGCGCUGGGAAACAGUUUCUUCGACGUCCAGGACCAGUUCGAGGAUGGAACCCCACCGACCACCCUGGAAAAUCUAGUCUCGGUCUUCGACUACCGGAAGGAGUUUGAAGAUCGGUACUAUCAGGCGAAGGCGAUCUACGCUGCCCUCGACGAAGGUUCCGUCGCCAGCGAUCGAACGUUCGCUGAGCCGGCGAACAACCUAAAGACUGCUGUAGCGGCGCUGUUGGAAACGCAACGAGCGCUCCUGUCCAACCAAGCGGCCCACGCAGCCCAGCUGAACCAGAUUCAGCAGGGGAACCCACCUCCAGCAGGACAACCAGCUCAAGCACAACCGGAUCCCUUCAUCAACGUCCGGCUUCCUCCAAUCAACAUCCCGAAGUACGCGGGAGUCCGGAAAGAAUGGCUUUCGUUCAAGGAUCUGUUCGUCAGCACCAUCCACAGCAAGGAGUCGCUGCGGCCGUCGCAGAAGCUGCAGUACUUGAAGUCGCUGCUGGAGGGCGACGCAGCAUCCCAAAUCAGCUCAUUCGGCAUCUCGGAUGACAACUACCCGCUGGCGUGGGACAAGCUGCUGAGGAAGUACGACCAGAAGAAGUACACCGUGUUCGCACUGGUGAAGGAGUUCCUGGACCAACCUGUCGUGUCAGACGCAACCGCUGGCAACCUCCAGAAGCUGGUCACGACCUCGGACGAGGUAGUUCGGCAGCUCGACGUCUUGGGCGAGCAGUACCAGUCGCGGGACCCCUGGCUGAUCCAGCUGCUCCUGGAGAAGAUUGACGAGGAGACGCAGGCGCUCUGGGCGCAAAAACUCGUCACCUUGGAGAACCCGAGCCUCACAGACUUCCUGAAGUUCCUUGAGGACCGGUGCGACGCCAUCGAAACCUGCUCAUCAUUCACACGAAAGUGCACUUUGAGUGGAGCGGGGGCGAAGAAGGAGAUACGAAAGCAGCCGGCCAAGCCAGCUGAGAAGAAGGUGCAGAGCUACGUCGCAACACCGCAGCCCUGCCCAAAGUGUUCCAAAGAGCACUUGCUGUUCCUGUGCGAAGCGUUCAAGGCGUCCAGCGUCGCCGACCGUCGGGAGUUGGUGCAGAAGUCCAGACUUUGCUUCAACUGCCUGAGGACGUCGCACACGGCAAAAACCUGUUCCUCGAAGCACACCUGCAAGACUGAUGGAUGCAACCAGCGUCAUCAUACGCUCCUCUGUCAACACGGCGGCAGACAGGCAGCUACCGCAGGGCUUCCGGGUCAACAGAUAGCAGCGAUGCCGGUCCAGCAACCGGCCAUGGAAGCUCAACCCACGGUUCCGAGUUUCAAGGCGGAGGUCACCAGUGAUCCAGCUGUCAAGAUCACCGUUCUACCCACUGCGCUCGUCAAGCUGCGCGGUAAGAAUGGUGUCUUCCACACUGCUAGGGCGAUGAUAGACUCGUGCUCUGGCGCGUCGCUGAUAAGCGAGGCCUGCAUGACGCGACUCGGGAUCAGCCGGAGCAACGUGCGGUUUCCUGUAACCGGAGUUGCCGGGACACAAGCAGGAACCACCCGGGGAAUGGCGCUGCUGGAGAUUGCACCCCGUUUCAGCGACGAAGUGGUGAUGAAGACGCAGGCGUACGUGCUCGAAGUGUUGGCUCCCCCCACACCGUGUCAAAGCUUCAAGCCCAAGCAAUUGGAACUACUCCGAGGGCUCCAGCUAGCCGAUCCGGAGUACUACAAAGCGGGACCGGUAGACGUCAUCCUAGGCGCCGAGCUGUUCCUGCCGAUUCUACAAGCGGGCCAGGUUACAGACGAGGACGGUCUACCCGUGGCCCAGAAGUCGUCGCUCGGCUGGCUCGUCGCCGGCAAGUUCGGCGGUGAAACAGUGCUGCAAACAAAUCUGGUGUCCUUCACGGUGCAGCUGGAUGUCAACAUCGACCAGACGCUGCGCAAGUUUUGGGAAACCGAGGAAGUGCCUGCGGCCAAGGUACUCACCGCCGACGAGAAGCGCGCUGUUGACAUCUUCAACAUGACCACCAGGCGCAACGACGAGGGCCGAUUCGUGGUUCGGCUCCCCUUCGACGACUCCAAGCCGACAUUGGGCGACUCGCUCGGUGCGGCACUGAGAAGGCUGCAUGCGAUGGAGCGGAAGUUCCUCUCGAAUCCGCCGUUCAAGCAAGCCUACCGUGACUUCAUGUCCGAGUACCAGCAACUGGGACACAUGGAGCUCAUCCCGCAAUCUGAAGUCGACAAGCACCCCGGCGAGUGCUUCUAUUUACCUCACCACGCAGUCCAGAAAGAGGACAGUUCAACAACGAAGUUGCGUGUCGUCUUCGAUGGCUCGUGCAGAACCAGUUCUGGCGUGUCGUUGAACGACCGGUUGCUGAUUGGUCCAAACAACAACGAAGACCUGUACGACGUCUACUGCCGCUUCCGCACCUACCCCGUGGUCUUCGUGAGCGACAUCGAGAAGAUGUACAGGCAAGUACGGGUGGACAAGCAGGACACGGACUUCCAGCGGAUCGUCUGGCGCGAUGAUCCCGACCAACCGGUGCAACACUAUCGUCUGACGACGGUGACGUACGGUACUUCAAGCGCAGCCUACUUAGCGACCGAGUCUCUUCGACAAGCGACCCGAGACAACGCUGAGAAGCACCCCGCAGCAGCUGACAGGAUCCUCAAAGGGUUCUACGUGGACGACCUGAUGUCCGGCGCCGACACGGUCGAAGAAGCUCAAGAGCUAGCUGGCCAGAUCACAACCAUCCUGGGCGAAGCUGGAUUCGUCCUCCGAAAGUGGUCCUCCAACGCACCCGAGCUGCUGGAGAACAUCGCAGACAGCCGACAGGGACCAGUCCCUGUUGAGUUCACGAACGUGACAGCGUCGGUCAAAGCACUUGGAAUUCACUGGUCUCCAACUAGUGACUGGUUCGAGUUCAAGGUCAACCUGGACAUCAACAGCCCGAACACGAAGCGUCAACUCCUCUCCGACGCAUCCAGGCUAUUCGACCCGUUCGGAUGGCUCGCUCCAGUGAUCGUCAAGAUCAAAAUCAUCUUCCAACUGCUGUGGCUGUACGACUUGCUGUGGGACGACCCGCUGCCACCCCUUCCCGAAGCAGAUUGGAACACCAUCAAGCAAACGCUUCACCUGCUGGAGCAGAUUCGCGUGCCUCGCCGAAUUCCAGCCUUCAACGGCAAGUUGCAGCUGCUCGGAUUCUCGGACGCCUCGGAGUCGGCGUACUCAGCAGUCGUCUACGGUAGGUCUGCGGACCGCAACGGGAAAAUCCACAUCGUGCUGAUUUGCGCUAAAACCAAGGUUGCGCCAAUUCAGCAGAUCUGCGUCCCAAAGCUCGAACUCAACGGUUCCUGGCUGCUGGCCGCCCUGAUGAAGCGAGUCUCCCUCGCUUUGUGCCACCUCGAGCUGCAACACUUUGCCUUCACGGACUCGGCAAUCGUACUGGAAUGGUUGUCGGCACACCCCCGCAAGUGGAAGACUUUCGUCGCCAAUCGAACGUCAGCGAUCCUGGACUUCCUGCCCAGGAGCAUGUGGCACCAUGUGUCAUCGAAGGACAACCCGGCCGACUGUGCGUCGCGAGGGAUCUCGCCGCUCGAGCUGCUCAACCAUCCGCUGUGGUGGGACUCCCCCUACUGGGCCCACAGCGAGCAGUCGUUCUUGGAACACUGCGCAGCACCAGCACCGAAGGCACCACCCCUCGAAGAACGACAAAUUCGCACAUUCUGUCUGGAGAUUGGCUCCCCGCGUAGCAACUUCACCCUGGAGCGCUACCUUCUCGAUCGGUUCUCCUCGCUACGCCGCUGCACUCGGACGCUGGCGACGAUCCGACGGUUCCUGUUCAACCUGGCGCGACCGAAGGUGGAACGUUUAACCGGACCGCUGACACCGGCGGAACUCAAGGUAGCUGGUCUACAACUCGUGCGACUAGCACAACACGAAGCAUUUGCGAAGGAGAUUGCCUGCCUGCGCAAAUCGACCGAGGUUUCCAACAAGAGUAAGCUGCGCCCGCUCUUUCCGUUCAUCGACCGAGACGGAACACUUCGUGUCGGAGGAAGGCUGCAGAACGCCGACAUCCCCUACGACAUGAGACACCCGCCCAUUCUGCCGCAGCAGCACCGACUGACAACACUUGUCAUUCAAGACCUUCACCUGGACAACCUACACGCAGGGCCUACCUUGGUGAUCUCAACCCUCAACCAGCGUUUUUGGGUGAUGGGAUGCCAGACGGUCGUGCGACAGCAACUGCUAAAGUGCGUCCGCUGUUGCCGAAUGAAAGCCAGAACCGCUCAGCAGCUAAUGGGAAGUCUUCCCGCGGUACGAACAACACCGGCCAGAGCAUUCGUCCACGUCGGAGUCGACUACGCAGGGCCAAUCCUCGUCAAGAGCGGCAACCCAAGGAAACCACACGUGACAAAGGGCUACAUCGCAGUGUUCGUAUGUCUCUGUACGAAAGCUGUGCACUUGGAAGUCGCCGGUGACCUGUCUACGAAGGCCUUCUUCGGUGCACUCAAACGGUUCAUCGCCAGAAGGGGACUGUGCACCGAGAUAUGGUCCGACAACGGGACGAACUUCGUCGGAGCCGAUCGGCAGAUGCAGGAGUUUUUCGUGACCGACGAGUUCAAGCAACAAGCCGCCCACUUCGCUGCCAACAUUGGGAUCAAGUGGACCUUCAUUCCGCCUUCCGCACCCCACAUGGGAGGAUUGUGGGAAGCAGCGGUCAAGAGUGCGAAGACCCACCUGCGCAAGGUCCUGGGAAACGAGUCAGCCACCUACGAAGAACUCUACACCAUCCUGACGCAAAUCGAGGCCUGCCUCAACUCGCGCCCACUUUGCGCCAUCUCCAACUCUCCCGAUAGCUGCGAGGCCCUCACCCCCGGACACUUCAUCAUCCAACAGCCGAUGAACCUCCUGCCGGAACCCAGCGUUUCGGACGUACCGCGUAACCGACUGGACAACUGGCAGCUCUGCCAGCAGAAGGUGGAAGAAAUCUGGACGCGUUGGCGCAACGAGUACGUGACGUCGCUGCAACCGCGCAGCAAGUGGCAAUCAGAGAUCGACAACCUGCAGGUCAACCGCUUGGUGCUGGUCAAGAACGAGAACACCCCGCCGGCCCAGUGGGAGUUGGCCAGAGUAGUUGCGACACACCCGGAUCGCAAUGGCAUCGUGCGGACCGUCACGCUGCGCAGAGGAACAACGGAGUACCAGAGACCGAUCCAGAAGUUGGUUCCACUACCGACUGAUUGA